AUGGUUAAGACAAAAACAAAAUCUAAAAAACGUCGUACAUAUACAACUGAUAAACAUAAUUCUAAAACUCGUGUUGAUACAGUAAAUAAAGUCAAUCCAUUCGAUCUACAUGUUAAUCGUUUAAAACAUGAUGUACUUGGUAAGCGACGUAAUUAUGAAAAAGGUGGUCAACCACUUAAAUCUCGUUCACGUGGCAUUGAAAAAAGAAAACGUACAUUAUUAAAAGAAUUAAAUUCUGUAUUUAAACAAAAUACAUUUAUUGAUCAUCGUCUUGGUGAAAAUGAUCCAACAUUAACCAAUGAUGAAAAAUUAAUGCAACGUUUAAUUGCGGAACGAACUAAAACUCGUCCUGGUAAAGAAAGUCGUUAUAAUUUAAAUGAUGAAGAAGAUUUAACACAUUAUGGACAAUCAUUAUCAAAAUUUGAUGAACUUAAUCAAAAACCAAUUAUUGAUGAUUAUGAUGAUGAUGAUGAUUUAAAUAAAGGUCGUUUAAAUUCUGAACAUUUUUUUGGUGGUUUUAAAUCUUCAAAUGAACAACGUAAACCACAAACAAAACAAGAAUGGAUUGAUAAUAUGAUUAAAAGUACAAAAUUAGAUAAAUAUGAACGUCAACGUGAAAAUGAAAAACUUUAUGAUAUGACACAAACUCUUGAUGAACAAUGGAAAGCAUUAAGUACAUUAAUGGGUAUUAAAGAAAAAAAAUCUAAAGAUAUUAAAGAAAAAUCUGAUGAUUAUGAUAAACUUGUUAAUUCAUUAAGAUUUGAAGCUAAAACAACAGGUGUACCAAUUAAAACAAUUGAAGAAAAAGAAAAAGAAACAGCUGAACGAUUAAAAACAUUACAAGUUGAAGAAAAUCAACGUAUGGAACAACCAACAUUAAAAUCCAUAUUAUCGAAAAAUAAAUCACAAGCACAUAUUUAUGUUGAAGAAUUAGAUGAAAGUUAUUAUAUCAUGGAUGGAUCAAAAAAAUAUGUUACAUUUGAAGAUGAUGAUAAUGAUAAUAAGGUUGAUAAGAAUGAAACUGUAUCAACGAAUGAAACAGAAGAAAACGAAGAUAAUACAACAAUGAUGAAUAAUGAAGAUGAGGAUGAAGAAGAAGAUGAACAAACAACAAAUGGUGAUUUAAUAGCAGAAUAUGAAGACAUUCCAUCAGAUAUUGAUAAACUUCAAACUCGUCUAUCUGAUGAUAAAAAUGCAUUGAGCACUAUUUGGAAACGAAUUAAUGAUAAACGAUUACCACCAAUACCAAAAUCAGUUCUAAGUAAUUAUUUUGAUGUUUUACUUGAUUAUUAUGAAUCAGUCACAUCGAAUAAAAUUUUAUUAAAUCAAAUUGGUAAAAAUCUUCUUCAUCUCUUACAAUUAGUUAAUAAUGAACAAAUAAAAACAAAUAUAAUCAAUCGAUUAAAACAAUAUCAUAUUACUUUAAGUGAACAAAUUGAAAAUGACAAAUUUUAUCAAGUGGAUUUAUCAUUUAUUCUUUUUUUAAAAUUAAUUGCUCAUCUUUAUCCAACAUCAGAUUUUUCUCAUCCAAUAACAACACCAGCAAUAACAUUACUUGUUCAAGCUAUAAAUCAUAGUUCUCUCAAAUCUCUUAAUUCAUGUCGACAAGCAUUAUUUUUAAUUGAUUUAGUAAAACAAUGGAUAUCAAAAAGUCAUCGUUAUGUACCAGAAGUAAUUGUUUUAUUAAUUAAAUUAAUUCAACUUGCAUGUCCAAUUGAAAAAUCUCAAUACUUUAUAUCCUUUUCAUCGAAACAAAUUGGAAAUAAUCAAUUACUUGUUUUGAAUAAAAAUAAUGACUUAUCCAAUUCAACUCAACUAACCAUUUUUGAUACCAACGAUCUAGAUGAUAAUAAUGAUGAACAUCGUGCACUCAUUCUUCAAACAUGUCUCAAUCAUCUAACUGAUUUUCUUAAAAUUUAUCAAUCACUUUCAGCAAUUGUGGAAAUCGCUGAACCAUUUAAAUCUUUUCUUAUUAUUAUUGCUGAUACAUCCAAAUGCAGUCAUAUAUUAUCUCAAUGUCGAGAAAUUGUAACUUUAAUUGAUACAAUUCAAACAACAUGUCUUACUAAUCGUAAACAUCUUGAACAAGGCAAAGAACAGGCAAAAAUGUUAAAAUUAUUUGAACCUCGUUUUGGGCCAGUAUAUGAAGGUAAAAAGAAUAAUCGUCUACCGAAAGAAUAUGCUGAACGUUUACAUAUUCGACAAAAAUACAAACGUGAAUUGAAAUCCGCUACUCGUACACUCGUACUUGAUAAUCAAUUUAUAGCACGCGAAGAACUUAAACAACAAAUGGAAAAAGAUGCACAACGAAAACGCAAAGUCAAAGAUAUUCAUGCACAAUUAUCAAUGCAAGAAGGAGAAUAUCGAAAAUUGCAAAAAACCAAAUAA